CCCAACUCCCUAUCUUUUUCUGUGUGGUCUGCGGUGGCUUUCAGUGAUUUCGGCUUUUAUAUCAAACCCCACCUUGGUGUUAUGCCCUUUUUUCUUUUUUUUUACUGGUACUUCUCUGAGAAAACUUGACUGGAAGUCACUAAUGACCCUGUGACAUGCAAACACAAAUACAUGUACUACCAUUAUUGUAUUUGCCUUGUGUUUCUCCCAUAAAACACCAGACAGUGUUAGUAUCACAGUCAAGACAGACAAAUGGCAACGGCAUGACCUGUUGUUUGGGUACACAAUACAGUAUUACCAAUUAAGAUGUGAUAGCACCCUUGCUGAUUUCCUUUUAUUAAAAUCCAGAUUUCAUCUCACUAAAUGUUCCUCAUAACAAGUUCUCCCUUAACCGUGGAUAUGAAGAGGAGGGUGUUUGAGGAUAUUAUGCAAGGCCUGGCUAGAAGAUAAGCAGAACCAAUAUUUGUUCACUAUAGAUUUAUUAACACAAAGGUUUCCAUAGUUAAUGAUGAUGCUGCUGACUCAUUCAUUAUUCUGAUAUAUUAUUAGUUAAUAAAGUAAAAUAUUUACUUCCCAAAAACGGGUUAAAUUAAAAUUGGGCAGUGUAGUGAUUAGCCUGAAAGGUUGUGGGUUCAAUACCCGGCUUCCACCGUUGUGCCCCUUGAGCAAGGCGCUUAACCCCAUAAUGCUCUGGGGACAGUGGCCCUUGUAAUAUAAAUUACAUGUUAGUCAAUAAAUUAGCUAAAUCCUUAAGGGAUGCAAAUUGCUGUAGAUCUAGAGAUGUGUACUGGGAUGCUCAAUUUGUGCAGUUGAAUAUGACGAUGAUGAUGCAAGCUCCAUGCUUUCAGAUAUGGAUAUGGUGAGUAGAAUUGGUCACUGGAGAUGAAACAACUAUCUGUAUGUUUAAAUCACAAAUAACACCAGGAUUAAUGUUUAAAAAUGAAGGUAUGAAAAUUAACGGAAUAUGCUCUGCUGUGAGGAAUCUGCAGUAACACAUCAGAUAAGUGACAUGAGUAGUGCAACAAGACUUGUGGGCCACAAGGUGGGGACCAUUUCAAUGGAAACGAAACUUAUCGUACUGGUUUAAUAAAAACUGAAACUGGAUGUGUUAUCUUUCAGGGGGGAUUGCUGAUAUAUUUGUCUGGCAAAUAUAUGAUUGCUCUAGAGCAAUCAUAUAUUUGCCAGACACUUAGACCAGAGAGAAGUAUGUUCAAUAUGGCUCAAGAAUAGUGUAGCUGGCAACAGUGAACCUAACCUGUUACACAGCUAUUAAAAUCUUCAUGUGAAAAAAUAGGCCAUAUUUUCAAACCCUAGAUGAAAGAGUAGUCUGAACAUUUGGUCCUUUAAUUUUGAAAAAUGCACAGGAAACAAUUUGAUGGGAGUGGCACGCCUGAGAGGCAUGAAACCAAAACUACUGUCCGUUAUGAUAGUAUUUCUUUGGAAUCAGGAUGGGCAUUUUCCAAUGAAUUUGGAAGUGUGUCGGUGCACAGUAUAAACAGAAGAGCUCUAAAUUUUAUUCAGUCUCAAAUGGCCAAUCUAAAGUAGUCUACAAUAUAUCCUGGUCCAUUUUCCACAAUAAAGAAACAUCUUUAUCAGUGUGGUUGGAAGGCAACUUUAGUUGGACUGGCCAAGUUAACAUCUAUUCCGUCGGAGGAAAGCUCUGGGUGACCCCUAGGACAUACUUAUGUUAAGAGAAAAUGGCACUGCUACUUCGUGUUAUUCUAUCUGCUAAUGAGGCACGACGUGUCAGACUUAACGAAGAGCCACAGUCUGUAGAUGCACUGGUUGACUUCUUAAGAGAAAAACUACAGCUCCAAGGAGACUUUUCGUUGCAAUUUGAGGACACUGACUUUGAUAAUGCGUUGUGUGAUUUAGCAGAUAUAGCUGAACUACCAAAGGAUCGUGCAGUCUUGCACAUAAAGUGGAAACGUGUGCUUGUACAACUUAAUGAUUGUGACAUUCUGUCCCUUGGAUCUAUAUCGUCUCUGGACAUGGCAAGUUCAGAUUCUCUGGGGGGGCCUUCAUCUGACUUUUCACCUGUCUUUUCUCCUGGUCCUUCAGCUAGCCCUUCUAUCAACCCUUCACCUAGCCAGUCACCCUCAACUUCUGGAAACCUGCGCAGUGCUUCAGUGUGGCCUUCCCCAUUUCCUAUUCCUCCUCUGUCUCAUGACAUUGAACUGAGGUUGAAAAAAGGGCAAUGAGGAAUAUGCAAAAACCAAAAAAGGCAUAGGUGAUGUGCCCAGGGACAUGUCAACUGAUAUUCUAAACAAAAUUACUCAAGCAAGUUUUAGUAUUAAGGCUUACCCUGAGUCUCAUGAGGUUGAAUCCAUUGCUGUUGCAUUGAUUACCAAGUACCCUUGCCUGAAGGAGGAUGAUGGAAAUGGUUAUGGCGGAUGGCUUGUCUCCAUCAGGAACAAGUUCAACAAUUACAGAGCAAAGCUGCGGGAUGCUGGUUGCACUGAGGUUCUUCUGAAUAGCAAACGUAGGGCAGAUGGAGAGACAACCCAGUUUGUCUUGAAGAGGCCUAAACGUGGCGAAAUCAACCAUUGUCCAGAUCAUCCUAAUGACCAAGAUGAAGCCUCACUGGAGGAACAGAGACAGCUUCUAGUGGAAGCGUCCAAGAAGGCAAGAUUGGAUGAGUCUCAUCAAAGCGAAAAUGGAUAUGACGUUCUCACUGAGGCGAAAGGAGGUUGUCGUUAAACAGCCCAUGGUGGCAGAGUUGAAAGACAGAUGGCCAGCUUUGUUCUUUAAAGACCAGAUUGUUGAGGAGUUUUUCCGUAUUACAAACAAAGACUUACUUGGAACAUUCAGAGCUGCAGUAGAAAAAUAUGCGCCCCUACUGCUGAAUAUGUAUCGCGCCCUAAAAACAGAGUUUGGCAAGGACCUAAAGGAGAUACUGAGAAAGCUUGAUGAUGAGACCACAAACAUCGUCAGACACCGCAAGGAAGCAGCCAUGAAAGGACUUCCUGUGUUCCUACAUGAAGAUCCCAAUCAACUUUUCAAGCAAUGUCUUGAAACUGAUCCAGAUGAUGUGGCUGCCAGGGGGGUCACUGUGGGAAUUCUGUAUGUCCUUGAGGACUGUGUGGCUGAAGCCUCGUCCCCCAAGAUCCAAAACAUUGCACUCAUCUUAGAGGAAUCGAUAGUAGUAGAGGACCUUCCGGAUACUCCCACUGCCUUGGCUUACCUUCUCGGCCUCCUUUAUGCACUCAAUAUUUCCUAUCCUGAGGGCCUUAAGUACACCUUUGAAACACUUCAGAAGGUUUUCAUGGACAUUGGCCCAAAAUGCUCUAACCGUGUGCGAUCUCUAAAGAAAAAGCUUGGUGUCGUCUAAAUGUUGCAAAAAGAAAAGUGAAAUGAAGAAACAGGUUUUCACUUGGAGUCAUCUCUGACCAGCAACGGGCAAACUGAUGUGUUUUUGUGUGUUUAUUACACCCAUUUGUAUUGUUGCAACAACUACAUAGAGACUUACAACAGGGGUGAUUGUUCUAGCAAAGUGUUACUGCAGAUGUUUUUUCAACUUAUACCUGAAAACUUGGCCAUAUUGUUGAAUUCGAAAUUUUGAUCACUGAAUUGAGUUUUGAUCAGUGACUAGCAGCUUUAAACCACAUUUCAUGUGAAAUUUAACACAGAACGUUUUCAUGUUAAUUCUCUUGAUGCCCAUAGUCAACUCUGACUAGCAGCUGGUAAGCAGCUUUGAAUGACAUUUCAUGUGAAAUUUAACACAGAACUUUUUAUGUUAAUUCUCUUGAUGCCCAUAGUCAUGUCUGACUAGCAGCUGGCAAACUAUUGUUUUGUUAAGUGUUUAUCACACCCAUUUGUAUUGUUGUCUUAGCAACAAAUACAUACUUACAACAUGUGGAAUUUGACAUGCAUCUUUUUUUUUUUAUUUAUCAAGUAGUGAAUGUUGUAGCAAAGUGUUAACUGCAGAAUGUUUUUUCAAGUUAUACCUGAAACAUGGCCAAAUCGUUGAAUUUGAAAUUCAAGUUCUGACCACUGACUAGCUUUGUACUUAUUUGUGUAUAGACUAUGUCUGGUGUAGAUUGAUCUAUUGCCCUGUUGGUUGAGGCCACCCUGUGCUUUCCAUAGGAAAAAAGAAUGAUCAAAUUUGGUGCAGUUUGUUUCAAUUUCUAUGAAACACUAGGUCAGCUUUUGCUGCCUGUCUAUAACUCAGUCUGGGUUGUGCCAAAUAAUAUGGUUCUUUUUUCCUAUAGAUAGUGCAUGGCGACCUCAAACAACAGAGCUAUAUAUAUA